AUGGCGACCGCACACGUGGUCACGACGUCUCUGUCGGCGCUCUUGAAGGACGCGGAGGUGCUCCAGAAUGCGCUCGGCAGCGAGACCGCGGCGCUCAACGUCAGCCUCGCGCAGGCGCGCCAGAUCCUCGCGCCCGACGACCCGCCGUUCGAGAACCCCGAGCUGGAUCGGCUCAUGAAGGAGGCUGCCGCGCGCGAGAAGGAGCGUCGCAACUCGGGGGGAUUCGACGGCAGGCAACGCAGGAGCUCGAACGAGAAAACCCCCGCCGCCGAGAUCACCAAGGCAUCGUCCCUCAAGGUCUCCGCCGGCAAGGCCGCCUUCGGCACCGAGUCCCUCCAGGAGGCGUUCAAACGCUACGACGUCGACAACAGCGGCUACCUCGACUUCGGCGAGGUCUCCGUCGCGCUCGCCGACAUGGGCUGCCUCGAGGGCGUCCUCGCGUCCAAGGCUGGCGAACUCUUCGACGACUUCGACGUCGACGGCGACGGCCAAGUGGACUUCGACGAGUUCGAGGAGCUCGCCGCGAGGGUCAAGGAGCUCAAGGGCAGCGUCAAUCAGAGACCCGCGCCCGAGGUUCCCGCUGGCUUUGCCGAAUCCGCCGCGGCGCUCGCGCUUCGAAGGUCCUUCGAGGCGUUCGCCGGGUACGGCUCGGGGGGCAACGCCGGGGACGGGGCGGACGCGGUGACGGGGCGGGACUGGGCCAAGCUCGUGAGGGACUGCGGCCUCAUCGGCGGAUCCGUCAACAAGGCGUCGUGCGACAUCAUCUUCGCGAGAGCCACGGGGCGUAACUCCCGAACGCUGCGGUGGGAGGACGGCACGUUCCUCCAGGCGUGCGCGCACAUCGCCGCGGAGCACCGCGUGACGUUCGGCCAGGUCGCGUCGCGCAUCUCCCAGUGCGCCCCGCAGGCGACCAAUCCGGGCGCCUCCGCGUCCGCAUCCGCGGGCGCCGAGGAGAGAAACGCCGCCGCCGCCGCCCGAGCGGCCGCGGAGUCCGCCAACGGCCCAGUCCCGGGCCCGGAGGCCACGUCCCCGGGCGCGCUGCGGUCUAUAUUCGGGCAGUACCUCGCGGCGAGCGGCGAGGCGGGCGCGCAAGCGCUCGCGCCCGUCGAGGCGCUUCACGCGUACGCGGAUCUGGGUUUGCUUCGAUGCGUCGCGCUCGACGCGGCGCAAUCCGCGGUGACCGCCGCGGUGGCGGCGUCCGAGGGUACCCCGGAGGCGAACGCGACCAAGGCGGCCUCGGCGAACGGCGCGUCCACGUCGUCGCUCGUCUCCCCCGCGCCGUUCGCCGCGUGCGCCAAGAAGCUCGCGGCGCUGCAGUCGAGGAGCGCGUACAAGGCUCCGGACGUCGUGGAGCUCAUUGGCGAGGACAGGCGGAGGAUGCUCGCGGCGUUUGAGGCGUUCGGGGGCAGCAAGCACGGGAUGCGUCCGGAGGCGUUCGAGGCGACGGUGCGCGCGUGCGGGCUGAUCGGCGCCAAGGUCACCGAGGGCACCGCCGCGGUCAUCUUCGCCAAGUGCAAGCACUUGGCGGGCAACAAGAGCAUGGUGCCCAAGGUGAUGACGUUCGAAGGUUUCGCGCAGGCGAUGGCGCACGUCGCGUCGGAGUACUCCGUCAAGUUCGAGGUGGUCAAGGACAGGGUGUUCAAGUGCACGCCGCGAACGGAGGCGCAAAAGGCUCAAGAGACGGCGGAGAAGGCCCGGAAGGAAGCCGCGAAAAAAGCCGCGGCGGUGGCUGAGGCCAACGCGCCGGUUCGAAAGCCGUGGGAGAGCAAGAAGAACAACGACAGGGCCGAGGCGGAGGCCAGGGCGGCGGAGGCGGCGGAGGCGGCCGCAGCCGCAGCCGCGGCGGAGGCUGCGGCGAAGGCUGCCGCGGACGCCGCGAGCGCCGACCCGGUCCAGGCGCCGCUGUCGAAUCCGUGCGACGUCCCCGGGGAGGCGUACACCGACGCCGAGCUCAUCGCCGCGUACGAAGCGUUCGCGACGCAUACCCAAAGGGGAACGAUGAGCGUCGACGCGGCGGGCUGGAAUAAGAUCGUGCGCGCGUGCGGGCUCGUCGGCGGCGCCCUCACGGACGCGGUGGCGACGCGAAUCUUCGACGAGAGCGGCGCGCGGUCGCACCCCACCGGGCGCAUGCACUUCGCCGAGUGGGUCGACGCGCUGGCCGUCGUGGGCGGGACCCACGGGGUGAUGUUCAAGGUUGUCGAGGCGAGGGUCAAGUCGGUGGCGGAGAAGCAGAAGGCGGCGGGGACGGCGUCGAGACCGAUCCAGGUGGUGGAGGCCGAGGCGCCGCCGCCGCCGGCGGCGCCGGCGCAGGCGACCGCGGCGGCGGCGACGGAUGCCGGGGCGACGAAGAAGAAGAAGAAGAAGGGGAUGUUCGGCUCGAUGUUCAGCUCCAAGAGCAAGAAGUGA